CGUGCAAGAUCUCAGAAGAUGCUCGCGGUGUUUGAGAUGCACGAGCGGUGUUUUGGAUUUCCACUGAUUUACGAUCGUCGUGUCUGAUGAGUUUCUUGUCUCCCUUGAGAUAAAGUGCGCAGCUUUCGUAAGCACUAACAAUAAUUCCACGGAAGCGGUUUCGUAAAUGUAGUGGCUAUAAAAACUUGGGUGACAAUGAUGGUUAACUUUCUUUAGGUUUUGGUAUGGUGGAGCAUAGACACCGAAAAACGGGCGAGUGCGUAUAGUGACUUGGUUGAAGAGUACAAUUUUAAGCAAUUUUUGAAAUGGUUCUACCCGGGACGUUUUUGGGAAUCAAGCACCGAAGAGUGAAAGUUGCAUUUGUGUUGAGAGUGCUGUUCGUUGUGAUUUUGGUGUCAAUUUCGCUGAUCAAUUCUUUGAUAGGUUCACACAAUGACAACACCCUAGCAAUCCGAUCGCGAUCGGGUCGACAAUUGCUCGAGGUGUUGCAGGAUCAGGUGGAAAUAUUUGAUCCCAUAAUCGUGACGGAUUCGGUGACAGAGGUGAUAACUUCAACUGAGUUUACGUUGACAACCGAAAGCGACGGUUUUCAGCAACGUAACUGUACUCCGGCGGCUAUAUUUGAAUUCCCACCUGAUGGAUUCACACGUGAGCAGCGCCGCCAGGGAUGGAUCGCAGUGCACGUGUUGAUCGCCUGCUAUUGCUUCUGGCUGCUGGCCAUAGUCUGCGAUGACUACUUUGUGCCAGCGAUCGAGUCGAUGUGUAAAAAGCUUCAGGUGAAGGAAGAUGUGGCGGGUGCAACGUUUAUGGCUGCAGCGUCAUCUAGCCCGGAGCUGUUCAUCAAUUGUGUGGGAACAUUUGUUACCAAAGGAGAUCUUGGAGUGGGAACUGUAGUGGGUUCGGCAGUUUUCAACAUCUUAGCCGUACCGGCCGUUUGCGGAUUGUUCGGAGGUCAGGUUGUCCAGUUGAAAUGGUGGCCCGUUACCAGGGACUCAAUGAUGUACGGAAUAGCAGUCAUAGCGUUGAUCUCGGUUCUUUGCGAUGGCAAAGUGAUGUGGUACGAGGCCCUGAUACUCGUGCUUGCCUAUGUUCUAUACAUUUCGGCUAUGUACUGUAAUGACUCCAUCAACCGAUUCAUGUCACGUACGUUACGUCGCAAAUCCUACAACCGACCGUACACGGAAGUCACGGAGAUUUCACCACUGCUAUCGAAUGGACACAUUGGGGCCAAUGGCAUUGCCAAACAUGGACAUAAUGUUAAAGGAUGUGACAGUGAGGCCAGUGAGGACAGUUUCCAGGAUGAUGAAUUAGCGUCCACACCAUGGAAUAGUCGCGAAGAAAACUCACUAUGCUAUCUUUGCCGCUGGCCGAUUACGUUCCUGCUUUGGAUGACCAUUCCCGAUUGUCGGCGAAAUCCCAAGUUGCGCAUUGUGACAUUCUUUGCGUGUAUCUUCUGGAUCGGUAUCACAUCCUACGUUGUGGCUUUUGUGAUCACCGUAAUGGGUGAUACCAUUGAUAUUCCGGACUCGGUAAUGGGUCUGACGUUUUUGGCCGCGGGCACCAGCGUCCCAGAAGCGGUGUCGAGUAUUAUCGUUACCAAUCAGGGUCACGGCGAAAUGGGCAUCAGUAACUCGAUCGGGUCCAACACUUUCGACAUUCUGCUGUGUUUGGGAUUGCCAUGGCUGAUUAAGGCGCUAGCACUCCCAGAUGUUUCAGGCAAUCGAUGGGUCGCUUUAAAUUCAACCGGACUGACGUACUCGGCGAUAUCGCUGCUAUCAACGCUCUGCGGACUGUACUUUGCAUUCUGGGCCAAUCGUUUCAAGUUAGAUUGGAAGGUUGGACUCACUUGUCUUUCGAUGUACAUAGCCUUCCUGGUUGUGUCCAGUUUGAUAGAGCUGAACGUGUUCUUCCGGGUUAAUCUACCUACAUGUAUUCAUUAGAUGAAAAGCAAUCGUGAGAUAUCAUAGCUUUAUGAGAAUCACAGUAUUAGAAUAAAUUAUGUGCUUAAACAAGGAAGUAAUAAAUAAGCGUAUAUGAUGAUGUAUUAGAUGAACCUUUUCAUUUGUUACCGGUAACGAAGAAACGCUUAGUUAUAAGGAGGGAGUAAUUACUGUUAUCAACCGAUUCAGCCAAUAACGAUAUGGAUUAAUGUGCUCACUGCAGUAUUUUUCGCUGAUAUAACAGCCGAUAGGCACGUGAAUUCCGUAAAAUGAAAACAUUCGCGAUAAACUAAUCACCCUCGUGUUGCGGUGAGCGGUGAGGAGCUCGAUAACAAUCAUAAACAAUCAGUCGUCCGAAAACAUCACCGAAUAAAUGUUUCGAUUCGUCCCUUGGAAGAUUAUAAA